UCUUUCAAAGACGGAAUCAAAAGUAGUCACGAUAUUUUAAACCACAUUUCCCAGAAGUCCCCCUAGUGGAUCGGCGAACACGGAAGAGGGGUCUUGUACAGUUAAGCUGAGCUCCAGUGGUAGACGAGCGGCUCCAGUUCUUGAGGUCAGCCCGUAACGGAGACAUUCAGAUCCUGCUGCCAGCGCUGAACCUCCUCCUCUGACCUGAGACCCCGAGCACAACAUCUCCCACACAGACAUGGCCACUCUGCGGUUCGGACAGCACGUGAUCAAGGUCUCCGCCGUGUUCCUGCAGACGGAGCUCUCCUUCGCGCUGGUCAACAGGAAGCCUGUGGUGCCUGGUCAUGUGUUGGUGUGUCCUCUGAGGCCGGUGGAACGCUUCAGGGACCUCCUCCCAGAAGAGGUGGCCGACCUGUUCAGCACCACACAGAGAGUGGCCUCGCUGGUGGAAAGGCACUUCAACGCCUCCUCGCUGACCAUCUCCAUCCAGGACGGCCCUGAAGCCGGCCAAACUGUGAAGCACGUGCACGUCCAUAUCCUCCCGCGGAAGGUUGGCGACUUUGAGCGGAACGACAGCGUCUACGAUGAGUUGCAGAAGCACGAUCGGGAGGAAGAGGACAUGCCUUCAAAGUGGAGGACAGAAGAGGAGAUGGCUGCAGAGGCUUCGGAUCUGAGCAACCAGCUCCACUAACGUAGACCCAAACACAUUUCACACCAAGAAUUGAGAUAGGCAAUGAGCCCAUCUCUGCGUUGUCCAUUCUUUUGACAUAUGCAUUUGUUUCUGUUUGGAAAUAUAAGUUCAGCUUGAUGAGUUUGUUCCUCAGCCAUUGGAAGAUGUGCUUCUGUCUUCUGCUUAAGUAUAAACUGCUUUGAUCUAGUGAAUUCAUUCAGCUACAAUUUGAAUUUCUGAUGUAUUGUUGACCUUACGUCAAUACGCUUGACAUCCAAUAAAAAAGAACAAAAACAAGAAAUAAAACGGUAAAGAAUA